AUGGGAAAUGUGGAGAACAGUUUUCACUUGGAAACUGCAGUUGUCAUCCUCAAUGUUCCACUGAUGUUCGCAUCUAUCACUGGUAAUGCUUUGGUGUUAGCUGCCAUCUUGAAAACUCCGUCGCUUCGUUCACUACCGUCGAAUAUCUUUCUAUGCAGUCUCUCUAUUACAGAUUUUCUUGUGGGGCUUGUUGUUCAACCUGUUUACAUCAUUAGGAAACUAAACAAUUCAACUAGUGAGUUUUUUUUUAAAGCCACAGGUUUUAUGACUUACAUUCUCUGUGGCGUUUCCCUCACAACGAUAACAGCCAUAAGGCUAGAUCGACUUUUUGCUCUUCACUAUCACAUGACAUAUCCGAAUUUGAUCACAACAAAACGUGCAAUAUAUGCCUCAGCAAGUCUCUGGUUUGUUUCCAUAAUGUUAUCAUGCCUUGGAGUUUGGAUUACAGGCGUAUAUUUUCUCAUCGUAGGAGUGUUGACUGCAAUUUGUUUUGUCAUUUCAGCCGCUUCUUACAUCAAAAUUUAUUUUAUUGUUCGUCAUCAUCAGAUCCAGAUUCACGCUCAGCAACAAGCUGUGAACAAUUUUAGUAUCAGUGUAAAUAUUCCAGAUAGUAAUAACAUGCUAAUACCAAAGAAACAUGCUUUAAAGACUUUUAUGUAUUACGCCUGAUGGUAUUUUGUUACUUGCCUUAUCUAUCUGUUUCAUUGCUAUUCAUCGCCUCAGUUAUAGGUUAUGACAGGUUAAAAUGGUCCUUCGUAGAAACUUUGGUGUUCGUGAACUCGUCGAUAAAUCCAUUUUUGUUCUGUUGGUGUAAUCGUCGAAUCCGCAAGUCUGUUGUAAAGAUAGUGCGAAAGAUGAUGUGUAGACAAACGGGGGAAGCUGGCGAACUUGAAGGUUAAACUUGUAUUUAUAAAGAGCGGAAUAUAGUACAGACCCUCACUACGCUAUGCAAACUUCCCUGAACUAUUGCCUAAACUUUUGAGAGAAAAGUGGCUUAACACUUUGCGAAAAGUUCUGUUCACAUAACGGGAUUUCGUUUCCGCGAAGACUUGUGUGCUGAAAGAGAUACAGCACUUUACAGUUGUUGUUGCUGCUGCUGUUGUUGUUUUUUCAUUGUUUUGUCCGAAGAAAUAACUUAUUAUUGUCUGCAUAACCAUUUUUAUUUUGCUUUCUUAUCUCUGCUGUUUACUACAUCAAAUUUAAUGCAUCGUCUCGAGUUAUCAUGAUACAGAUUCCGCUCAGAAUAAACCUGAGAAUACUAAGAAUAGUUCAGAGAAUUCUCUAUCUUAUGUGCUGCGAGUGCUCUAAGCUUUUUUUUUUUGUAACCGUUGACAAAAUCGUGAAAUCUCAACAUCCGCUGCAAAGUAAUAUUACAAAAUAUGUAGACAAAGUGACUAAGCUGAGCGUCAAUCGAUUCCGUCGAGACUGUUAAAGAGUUCCUCUUCCGCUAACUCAAAGAAACAUGUGAACAGUUAUUUCCCCAUUUUCUUUAUUAGUUUUUAUUAAGAAUUACCCGAAAAUAUCAAGAACAGUUCCAACGUAUACACCGUUUUAAAAGCACUCGUUUAUUCAUUUGUUUACACCAUUAAAGAUUCUCAACAUUAAGUUUUUCCUUUUUAAAAAUGCGUAAUAUGCAGCUGUCAUAUACAAGCGUGAUAAGUAAACUUUAAUCAUACCAGAAAGCCAUAAGGGGUUGAAACGUGUAACUCGCGUUCAAUGCUCGUGAAUAUUCACUUUUACCAUAUUUGGAAACCUUAGUGACAGAUAUCCAUUUUCAACACAAUGGCUCCCACGCGAUCACCAUGCAGAUGUAUUAAGACAAGAGUUCUGCUUUUCAGAGAAAGUUCAAAAGAAUGCUCAGCUUUCUUUUUGUGGAGGAAGGGAAGCUUUUCAUCAAGAAAUCGUCCCUCGAGGAAUUCAACCUUGCUUUCUUCACGACAGAUCUCUGGUCUGCUUUGAAAUGGAACCAAGGCAGUGAAGUUUUUGCUGAAUUUUCAGGUACAUUUUGCACUCUAUGGCCAAGACAAUUACGUUUUUGAAAGGGAAUUUAUGUUUUUUUAAAUGUUGCAUAGACGUUUUAUAAAUUUUUCUCUUCGGCGCUAAAGAAAAAUUACAAAAUGUGCCCCGAUUUGAGUUGGAUUUUGUGUUGAAUUUUGCCAUGUGCACAGCCGAUUUCACUUGCGUGAACGGAUCCACGAUCGAGAUAGUUUUUUUCCGAAUUGUUUUAAAGGAUUAACUUUUUGGAUUUUGAAUAAAAAUUUUCAAGAAACGGCUCCUCUGUCUAUUGUUUUGAGUUUGUCCAUUCAUAAAAUUAGCUCAAAACACGAUCGUCACUACAACAUCCAAGCUGAAUUUUAGCUUAACGCUUCUCACAUUGAUUACACGCAUCACUUUUUGCGAAGAUGUCAGGUUCAGGUUUUGGACACUUUUCGAUACGCAGCUAAUCAAUUUUAUUCGAAAAUAUCUUUCACUGUUUAUUCUAGACUUUCAAUAUAAGUAUUUUAAAAGCCUGUUUGCAUCGUAAGUUUACUGUGCAGAGGGUCAACGAGGCAUCGUUUUCUGAAGUGGAAGCUUCAAGAAGUUGCGAGGACGUCAAAGGGAAUCAUAAUGUUACGUUUGGUCCGGGUGGUAAGGCAACAAUAUCCUGCUUAGUGUUUCGGUAAGAUUCCUGGUUUCAACCUUUGAAAGCUUUCUCGGCUUUUGGGAGUAUUUGCCCCGUUUGUCGGCGAUUUUUUCAAGUGGGCGCGGGAACCUGAGGUAAAACUACGUCACGUUGUUUACGAAGUUUGAUUGGUCGGUUAUCUCUUCUUCUCAUUCCAAAUAUGGUACUUUCGAAAAUGAAUAAUCACGAGCAUCGGACAAAGCAAACAACUGAGAGUUGCACGUUUCAACACCUUAUGAGUUUCUGAUCAUACUCAGUGGCGCAUUAUUACCAAGUAAUUCUGUGUUAUUUGUUAUAUUAACUAGCUUGUUGUAAAGGUUGGUUAAGAGAGAGGAGAGAAGAAUUCUAAACUUUAAUUGUUGAAUUGUGUCUGACAAAUCAUACUUUCAGCCUUCCUUGUAUUAUUGAUCCUUUUCAACAAGAACAUAGUCCGUCUUAGCAUCAUCAUAGUGCGGGUUAAUCGCAUAGAGAGUCCGAAUUUUAACAAAGUCUACCUAUUUACCUUUAGAGGAAGGAAGACGGACCCUGAAAUCUUUGUUUUGAUAGAGCUGAAUCCGUCACAUGUCUGAUCUAAAUAAUUAUAACUUGCGUUCGUAUGCAAAUACGUUUGCAUACGUUCGUAUUACUCCUUCGUUCGUAUUACUCCUUCUGCACUGCAUACAACUUCAGAAGGAGUAAUAACAUAAUCGUCCCGCGUUUUAACUCGCAGUUUCUUAAAAACUCUAUUAGCUAUAGAGGCGCUAUUCUUUGGAACGCUGUCUCGAGUCAUUUUACAAACCAGUUUACUGUUUUUUAUCGCAAAGUGAAGAAGGACUCUUAUUUUAAGGAACUUGAUUUUAGCGCACAGUCGGUCCAGUCGCUACCCAGGCACUACCAAGAUUUUAAAUGCUUUUAACUAUUUUUUGUUUUAAAUGCUGUAGUCAAUUUACUUAGAGGUAACUAAUGUAAAUUCAUUUUAACCUUGUAUUUUUUAAAAAUUUAUUUUUAUUUAUUUCUUUCUUUACUUUUUGGUUAGAAUCUUACUGUAUAUAUAUUUUUAGAGUUUUAAUUGUAAGUGAUGUUAUUCCUAUUUUUAUGCAGUUUUACCCAUUUGUAAUCAUUUUUACACGACCCCACAAGCUUUGAGCUUUAAACCAUAUCGUGUUUAAAUAAAGGAUAUGUAUGUAUGUAUGUAUGUAUGCAAAUAAUGGACGAAAAAAAAGUUAUUAAAACCCAAUACGUCGUGCUCGUUGGUAAAUUUGUCGCACUUGCAGUGGCUGAUUUUGCCGUCUACUUUCCGCACAAAACAUCAGUUUAUCAGUAAUUUUUAGUAUUAUUAGUGAGUUCUAUUUAGGUCUAACUCGGAUCAGAAACGUUUCUUUGAAACGAUCGAGCCAAUUUCACCUGCAAUUCGGUUAGAAACAAGUCGAAAGGUUAAAGCUUGUGCGCCUAGCCUGCGUAACUGGCGGGCCAGCGGGCGAGUGCUGCUGUUUUAGAGUUGGGGUUAGGAGCCGCGUGAAAGAUGCGCCUUAUCAUUCUGCUUGUCAUGCAGACCCUUUUAAGGCAAAAACUUUAAGAAACAAGUUCUUAUAAGCUUACUAAAACCUCCUUGUUUCACCAUUCAACGCUCCUUUUCUUCUUUCCAUCAAAUUAAUAAGUCCCAUAGUAAAUUAAUUCUUGCAUUUUGGUACACUGCAAAAUUCUCUUGACGUGCAAAUAUUUUACUUGUUUACCGUGCAUGGCUUCAACAUUUGUUUUCACUAUUUUUCUCGCAGACUCGCGCGUGGGAGCCGUAAUUGAAAUACACCAAUCAGAUAGUAAUCGUGCCGACUGUUCCAGAUCUUUCGAGAGAUAAAUAAAUGGUUUAACUGACUUUCGCAGCGUUAAGAUGUGGGUACUGAAUUUGCUCUUUAAACAAAACUUUUUGAAAACGAGAAGUAGGAAUAAAAAUUAAUGUAAAACAGGAAGUUGUUGCUGCUGUCAUUUUUACCCCUAGGGGUAAUUCAAGUAGUCUGCAUCGCACUGGCGUAAUCUUUCCCCAGCUAGUAACGUCUGCGAAGCGGCACCGAGAUCCUUGUUGUGGGUCCGUUGACGACAUUAAGACAGCUGUUAAGAAAAUUCUAAGCAACACGCCUCGAUUUCUGAUGAACUUAACAUGGUGUCAGAGUCUACCUCAAAUUAAACGGUGAACUUUACAGCUAUCUAAGUUACAAAACAAAGCAAAUACGAUUACAUCCUGAUCAAGUAAAUUUUCAGACUUUUAAGUGAAUUUGAACUCAUUUCUUGUUUAGGCCCCAGUAAAAAGCGUUACUUGACAUGAGGAGUACUUGGUUACAGUUUUGGUCAAACAGCCGAACAUAAUUCAGCUCAACUUUUUUAAAAGAAACUCACCGGUCAUUUUGCUCAGCAGCUUUGCAAGACAAGUAACAUUGCGUUCGGCUCAGGUGAGGUGUGACGAUUUGACGAUUGCUCUAUUUAGUUUGGAUGGACGGACGGUGUAAAAUAUCUGUUCCGAGAAGCAAACAUUGCCUAGAACAGUUCUAUCACUUGAGGACGGCUACAAAUUUCCAGAUGACCCUACCCGCAUUCAUGUACAGUUUUCGAAGCCUAUCUAAUAAAUUGCGCACGAUUUUCUGAAGUUUAAUUUUCGCAUUUUAUUCCCCAGGAUAGGCUAUUUUUCAUAGAAUAAAAGGAAACCUAAAAUUUUCGUAUUCAAAAAUGUGAUGGAGAGAGGAAUCAGGAAAAUUCUUACUUUCAUAAUACGUUAAUUUGCAUCUAAAAUUUUCGGGAAAAUAAUAAUAAGGCCGUUGUAAUUUCGAACAGAUACACAUUUUCUAGCGCCUCUUAGAAUAGAUUUCUAGAUAUUUAAACGUCCUCUGGAUAGUCAAUGUAUUUAGGAGGAAACCAUCACUGGGUGCUCCUUCUGUAUGCCAUCGUACAAACUAAAAGGGGUCAAACGCCGCACCUCCGAACUCAGCUAGUUGAGUUCGGCUCAUUUGAAGUACUACGGUGCCACAAAUUUGACUUCAUAUUUAGGCCUAUCUCUAAUGCACCAUUUUCCUUUGUUUGACUAUUAGCGACGAAAAUAUCGUUAAUCAGCGCCAUUUUAUACUGAAAUAACCUGAACUGGUAUGAAUCCGAUCAUCAUCACAGGUUGCUAAGAAGUCUUUCAGACAAACUUCGUGAAACUUAGAGAGAAAUUUUUGUUACGUAGUCAUGUUAAUUUCUUUGCAACCUUUUUGUUUUGUUUCAGUCGUCUAAUUUUCUUUACUGGCGUGCAAUUAGCAUAGAACAGUGCCCAACCUCCAUUCCCAAGCUUGACUCAGUUUUCCUGUUUUGUAUUUAAUAAUAACUUUCUGUUGUUUUUACGCAAACUAGCGUGGUUUUGUGCCCCCCAAUCAAAACGACAUAAUUGGCUUCAGGACCUCGUUCUUAUUAAUAAGUGAUACUGUAAUGUAGUCAACUAUCCCAUCUGGCGAGCGAUACCCAUCAAAUGCAAAACAAUAAUUUGCGCAUCUAUAUUACUAUCGUCAUAUGCCGAGAAAAAUGUCACGUUUUAUGGUUGGGUUAAAACUUAUAUACACUACUUAAUUUGUCCACUCCUUUACAGGCGCAGUUAUAAUAAAGACAUGCGUAGGACAUACAUACGUUGUUUGGGUGCCAUUCAGACAGCAAGGAAAGCCAGAAGCGCUUACUGAACUGAAAAUGAUAAACUUUUCUCUCUUUAGGAAAAACGAAUCAGAACUCGAUGGCAUGGGAAAUAUGGACUCUCCCAAAACAAUUGAAAUAAUCAACUGUAUCCUCAAUGUUCCACUGAUUUUUAUGACCACCAUUGGCAACGCUUUGGUGUUGACUGCCGUACUGAGAACUUCUUUGCUCCGUUCAGCACCGUCCAUAGUCUUCUUGUGUAGUCUCGCAGUGUCAGACCUUCUUGUCGGACUUGUAGCUCAACCGGUCUACAUUUCCAAUGCGCUUAUCUACUCAGAUAGCAGCCCAGCUUUAAAACAAGCAACAGAGGUCAUGUUUUUUCUAGCCUGUGGUGUUUCUCUCUCCACCAUGACAGCCAUUAGCGUGGAUCGGUUUUUAGCUCUUCGUUACCAUAUGCGUUAUUCGGGUCUGAUGACAGUGAAACGUGCAUUAUUUACUAUAGCAGGCAUCUGGGUUGUGUUUGUUAUUUUGUCAUGUCUGAGGAUAGUUUGGAAAAGAAGUCUUCUUUUCCUUGCCAUCGUUGUCGGUGGCAUUGCUAUUUGCCUCUUUAUUUCAACCUUUUCGUAUAUCAGAAUUUAUCAAAUUGUAAGGCAUCACAAGUUGGCUAUUCGAUCACAACAACAGGCCAUACAAAGGUUGAGUGCUGAUACGAACAUUAAACGAUCCACGAAAAGUGCCAUUAAUACCCUCCUUUAUUACAUCUGUAUGGUCGUUUGUUACUCGCCAAUAUUCAUGGUUGCCUUGAUUCUGGCUUUCGGGAGGACCUUGCAUAGUCUAUUGCACAUUGCAGACACUAUAGCGUUUUUGAACUCGUCCACAAAUCCAUUUUUGUACUGCUGGCGUACUAAGGAAAUUCGCGCGGCAGUUUGGAAGACAAUCCGUCAAUUCUUUUGUAAGCGAGCAACUGAAGACAACGCUUAG